GCUGGUAUUAUAAACAAUACAUCUAAUGAGCUGUUGAAGGCAUGUGGCAUAAAAGGAGGCAAGUUAUACGAAUCAAAAAUUCAUUGGCAACGAUUAACAACUUGGACAAGUUUCUACCAUUAAGAAAUGUUCCAUCCACCAUUGAACCAUCCACCCAGAAGAUCGCUUUAUCCACUAGUCAUUCCUUUGCCAUAAAUGACAAUGUCAGCAAUUCUUCAGCGUCAAUUGAAGAAGCUCAUUUGUCAACAGGCACACCGUCACCUACAACAUCCAGUACACCUCGUUAUACCAUAGCAUCUGAAAAGAGUGAUCAACCUUCACCAAGCUUUGUACUUGUGGAAGAAAGGAAACCGAACAAGAGCUGGAUAAAAGAUUUUAAACUUCCUAUUUCUUUUUCUCCAAGAGUGCAUGAAGCACUGCAAGCAGGAAAACUUAAUGGAAACCUUAGGGAUGAGUUUACUAGGGACAUUUGUUCUUCUAUUAAAGCUCAUACAAUGUUUCCAUCCAGAGAAGAAAAACAAAGAGUGGCGUCCAUGAUUGUAGAAAAAUAUACUUUUCUUGUCGAUUCACUUGGAGCUGGUACAGGGUCAUGGUUGAAAGCAAUCACUAAUCGAUUCAAAAACAUGCGUAGAAAGAAGACAAAUUCAACAACAAGAUCUGUUUGUGUGUCUCAAACUACACAAAAGCAGCCAGAAGCAAAAAUGAAAAGACGUAAGCUGUAUGAUGUUUAUGAUAUGGAUAAUGGUGAGACUGCAGAAACGUGCGAAGAACAUAAAAAAGCCAUGGUAACCGAGAUGACGAAAACAAACAAAAAAUAUCGACUAAUGAAAGAGCUCAUGGAGUUGAACAAACCCCUACCGGCGCCAAAAAUUUAUAAAUGAACCAAAAGUGUUGA